AUGGAGACAAUGGAGACGGCAUAUCCAGCAUUAAAUGAAUUAUUCGUAUUUUUGAAUACAACAUUAACACAGAUAUCAAUAUAUUAUUCACGCAUACCAGGAUCAGGAAUUCUUUUGAAAUAUAUUAAAAAUUCUCACCAAGAUGAUCCCUUUCGAACUGCUUUAGAAUUAUUAUUAGUAUUCUUUGCAAUAAUUUAUUUAUUUACUAAUAAGUAUAGAACUGAUACAAAUUUUAUUGAAUUAACUCCUCAAGAAGUCGAAGAAUUGGUUGAUGAAUGGCAACCUGAACCUCUUGUAUCACCACUUUCAGAUGAUGAAAAAAGAGAAUUAGAAAAAAUUCCUGUAAUUAAAGGACCUCAAGGGCUAAAAGUAAAAUUAUUAAAUGGUAAAUCCUUAAUGAACUUUUCAAGUUUUGAUUUUUUGGGAUUGCUAACUAAUGUUACUAUCAAGGAAAAGGCUAUAGAAACACUUAAAAAGUAUGGUGUUGGAUCCUGUGGUCCGCCGGGAUUUUAUGGAACAUUUGAUGUACAUACGGAUUUUGAAAAGAAAGUUUCGGAAUUUCUUGGAACAGAGGAUACUAUAAUAUAUUCUCAAGGAUUUUCGACAAUAAGUUCAGCUAUACCAUCAUUUUGUAAAAGGGGCGAUAUUAUCGUAGUCGACGAUGGAUGUAAUUUUGCUAUUCAAAAAGGUGUACAAAUUUCUAGAUCAGUUAUUAAAUGGUAUAAACAUAACGAUAUGGAAGAUUUAGAAAAAAUUUUGAAAAAAAUUAAAAAUGAAGAUAUUGAGACUGGAAGAAGAUUGACAAGAAGGUUCAUUAUAUCCGAAGGAAUAUUCGAGAAUUAUGGUGAUAUUGCUCUUUUACCUAAAUUGGUUGAAUUAAAAAAACUAUAUAAAUAUCGACUUAUUCUUGAUGAAAGUUUAUCAUUCGGUAUUAUGGGAAAGCGUGGAGCUGGUUUAACUGAUUAUUUUGACAUAGAUCCAACUGACGUCGACAUGAUUGUUGGAUCAAUGUGUAACGCUUUAUGUUCGUCUGGAGGUUUUUGUUCUGGAUCAUUCGAAAUCACUGAACAUCAGAGAAUUUCAGGACUGGCAUAUUGUUAUUCAGCAUCAUUACCAGCAAUGUUGACAGUUUCGGCAUCGGAAUCGAUUAAUGAAGAAAUAAUUAGAGUUGGUGAUAUACAAGAUAAAGAGAGAUGCUUGCAAGACAUUGUUGACGAGGCUAUAAACAAUGGAGUUUUAUUAACCAGAGCUAAAUAUGCCAGAUCCCAAGAAUUAUUUGGAGUUGAACCAAGCAUUAGAAUUUGCAUUAGUGCUGGUUUUACUAAAAAAGAAAUUGAAAAGGCUGCUUCUAUUAUUAAGAAUGCUGUUACAAAGGUUUUAAAAAGUAAAGCAUAUUGA